UAAAUUCUACCCUGAAGGCAAGAACCCGAGAGAGAGAGAGAGAGAGAGAGGGGGAGAGAGGCAGAGAGAAACGCCAUGGAUUACCAUUUCGUCUACAAGGACGUGGAGGGGACGAGUACUGAAUGGGACGACAUCCAGCGGCGGCUUGGCAACCUCCCGCCAAAACCUGAAAUUUUCAAGCCGCCUCCUUUCGCCCCGUCAGAAGAUCCCGAACUCCGCCUCAAAUCCAAGGACUGGAUAGACGAGCGCACAGCUGAGGAGCUCGAGGGUUUGGAAGAUGACCCUGAUAUUGAUGACAAUCGCUUCCUAGAAGAGUACAGGAAGCGGAGGCUGGCGGAGAUGCAGGCCGCGGCUAGAGUUGCUCGGUUCGGAGCAGUGCUUUUAAUAACGGGAUCGGAUUUCGUCCGAGAGGUUUCUCAAGCUCCUUCUGAUGUCUGGGUCGUCGUGCUUCUUUUCAAGGAUGGCAUCCCAGGAUGUGAGUUACUUCUACAGUGCUUAGAGGAGCUUGCUGCUAGAUACCCAGGGACAAAAUUUGUUAAGAUAAUAUCUACAGACUGCAUUCCGAAAUACCCUGACCAUAACCUUCCAACUAUUUUGGUGUACAAUAAUGGAGCUGUGAAAGGAACUUAUGUAGGUCUGCAUCACUUUGGCUCCCGGAGAUGUACUCCUGAAGGUAUUUAACAGGUUCCAAUAUAAAGACCCGGUAAGGACAUGGACCCGAUAGGCCUAGCAGCACAGACUCGUCCAAGAAUGGUUUUCCUCAACCAUUGUUACAUGACAACUAAAGGAUCCGACCCAACUUGGCAAAGGCAAUUUGAGAAAGAUUUCCUCGAAGGGGAAUUCCAUUGUUCACACAGGGCUCAAACAUGGUGAACUUGCCCCUUCAGUGGAGAUUUCCUCUCAAAGCGACUUGUCAUUGUCUUAGUUGGUGAGCUAUCAAUGGAAUUCGCCAAAUUGAUCACAUAGAAGGAUUACGCCAAGGAAGACGCAAAAAAUGUUUCCUCUUGAUUAGCAAGGCAUGAAAUUUGCUACCUUCGUAAUUUACGAGGACUCACCCUUCAUAUCAAAAUAGCCCAAGAACUUCAUCCAAGAGAUUGCUGGUGCGGUCAGAUGAUUCACCCACAUUAGUCAUUCCAGCUCGACCCAUUUGGAGACUCGCUUUCAUUUAUUCGCUGACAAAUGCUUGGCACAAAGGAACUUGCCCUGAGGCUGGAAAGUUGAAUUAAAGAAGAGCAAUUAGGCCAAAGCAAGUAUUUGAUUGAGACAUGUCCAAAGCAAUCCGUACUAGAUCUUAUUUAUUAUAGUACUUUUUAUUUUAUUUUUUGUGUAGCCAUCCCUGUAGCUAUUAGGUUCUUAUAAAUGAAGGGUGAAGUGAUAUAUUUUGAAUAUUUUUGGCACAUUAUUGAAGCCCUAUUAACUUAAUGAA